CGGUAGGUGGGGAGGAUGGCUAGCCAGUUUGCCAAGCCAAGGUCUGAACCGUUGGAGGAGAGGGACGACGUCAAGCUGCCAAGCUACAGGGGCGACAACGUCAACGGCGACGACUUCACCGAGAAGAGUCGUGUGCCAGACCCGCAGAGGAUGAUCCGCGCCUACUCGCAGUCGGUGGCGACGCUCAACCUGCUCCGCGUGUUGGCGACCGGAGCUUACGCUGCCAUGCAACGCGUCACACAGUGGAACCUCGAUUUCAUGGAUCCCAGCGAGCAAGGUGAUAGGUACCGCGAAUUGGCCCAUAGGGUGGAUGAGGCUCUUGGGUUCAUGACUGCAGCAGGGCUUACAGUUGACCACCCAAUAAUGACGACUACUGACUUCUGGACCUCGCAUGAGUGCCUUCUCUUACCCUACGAGCAGUCUCUUACCCGUAAAGACUCCACCAGUGGCCUUUUCUACGAUUGUUCGGCCCACAUGUUGUGGGUUGGUGAGCGCACUCGUCAACUCGAUGGAGCGCAUGUUGAAUUUCGUGGUGUUGCCAACCCUCUUGGCAUAAAGGUGAGCGACAAAAUGAACCCCAGUGACUUGGUGAAGCUGAUUGAGAUUCUGAACCCUUCAAACAAACCUGGAAGGAUCAUCAUAAUUACAAGGAUGGGGGCAGAGAACAUGAGAGUGAAGUUGCCUCAUCUCAUCCGUGUUGUUCGCAAUGCUGGAUUGAUUGUAACAUGGAUUACUGAUCCUAUGCAUGGAAACACCAUCAAGGCCCCUUGUGGCCUGAAGACUCGUCCAUUCGACUCAAUUCUGGCUGAAGUGCGCGCAUUCUUCGACAUGCAUGAUCAAGAAGGAAGUCACCCAGGAGGCAUCCACCUUGAAAUGACUGGGCAGAACGUGACCGAGUGCAUUGGUGGAUCAAGGACUGUGACCUUCGAUGACCUGAGCGACCGCUACCACACCCACUGUGACCCAAGGUUGAAUGCCUCCCAAUCCCUGGAGCUCGCCUUCAUCAUUGCAGAGAGGCUUAGGAAGAGGAGGAUGCGGUCGGGGCUCAACAAUAGCCUGCCUCUGCCACCACUGGCUUUCUAAGUUGCCGAAGCUGAAUAGAGAAGGUAGAGGGAUAGUUGCGGCGACUCGAAAGAUUAUGCCUAUUUAUUUGUUGAUGCUUGGUGUGGAGGCCUGGUGGGUGCUCUUGGCACAAGUUACAUGC